CUUGGCUGUUUGCAGGUUCUUCUGCUGUGACGAAAGUAUACGUCCUCUUGUUCGUUUUCGAUGUUUCGUAAAACUGCUUAGCUCGCGACGCUUGAGAGAUGAUGAUUGCAGCGCACAGAGAGAAGCUAAUAUGAAAUCCAUCCUUACAACAUACAAUCGUAUACUGCAGAGAUGAACAAGAGAAACUUUCACUGUCAGAGAAUUUUCUUCGUCGUCGAUCAUCAUGAAAUCGAGAAGAUACAUUUGAUAGAUAAAAGCGACGAGGAUAAGGAAAACCAAAAUAUUCGCGGCGUCCACAUAUUAUGGGUAUGAUUAAAGACGCACCGUAAGGGGAAGCCCAACUUGGGUUACUUUUAGCUUCAGACGGGGGUUUUCCCGAAGAACAUGAUGAGACGGCCGCCGAGCCGAUCACCCUCUCGUGGCUGCGACGACUGGCCACGCUCGUCGUGCCAUGCCGUCGCUCGCUGUAAAUACUCGUUUUACAGAGGGCUUUGUGCCAUAUUUUUUCUCUGCGGCAGAGGGCCACUACUUGCCGCAGCUGAUUCUUUAUAUCGAGACUGCUUGCCGGGGGACAAGGAUGCUGGUGGGAUGUGUGCAGUAACGGAGCUCGAACACCCAGCGGAGAAAGUAGCUGAGUUAGCGAAAAGGGACGAGCUGUGGAUCAUCAAUUACUAUGCUGGCUGGUGUCCACGUAUUUUUCCUACACUGAGAUUGCUUCUUUCAUUCAUAUUGUGGAAACUGCACCUGAAGAUCAAGGGCAACGACUUAUCAUGAUAAUCUAGCAUCCUCUUGUCUCUCUCUGAAUGAUCAAUUACUGUUGUCGCAGGUCUUACUAGAGAGUUAUUUUAUUUUUGCUACACAAUCAAACAAAAAACUAGAUUGCCAGACAUUCGUGCCGACGUAUAAAGAAAUCGCGGCGAAGUUCAGGUCGCAGAUCCAUUUUGCUGCUGUGAACUGCGAGGUUCACUUCGUUUUCUGCGCGAAAAUCGGAGUUCAUUCCUAUCCGACCCUGCGAGCUUAUCACGAGGACCCGUCCGAUGCGAGUGAGCACGGAGACGACGCCAUCCUCAAGCUGUCAAAAGAGGACCAGCAUGGACCCGAUCGCGUGGAGACGUACUCAACGCUCAUCAACAGAUUUUUGAGCAAGGCAGUCGGAAAGCGAGGUGGAACUGCAGGGACCGCCAUCACAACCUCAAUGCCAUCGGCACUGGAAGCUUAUGACGAAUUGAAGAUUUUUGUUCUUAAACUUUCUUGUGCUCCUCGUGCUUGCUGUAAUGUCAAAAAUAGAAGUAAGAAGGACAUGAUGAAGAUAUUUCUAUUUGUUUAUUCGAGUAACAAUAUCAAGAUGUCGGUUAUGUGACUAAUCACAUGCACAUUUCUCCUACAAUUUCUAAGUUUACACUCCGGCGCAGGAGGUGCCUCUAUCAAAAGCGUCUGCUGAAGUGAAGCCGCCAGAUUGGCGCUGGUCUACAGUCGAAGGGGAGUCAGGCGUUGCAACGGCGUCCGCACACGCGACCUACGCUGAUCGGGAGAACGAUGCUGCGGUUGCUAUCCUGCACACGCUACAGACCGGGACAUACUUGCGCGCUGAAGAAGGCGCCCUGCCGUUGAAGGUGUGGACCGAGUUGAAAGACUGGCUAUCGCUUUUAGUCGAGUACUUUCCAAGAAACGCGUUGGCGAACGAUCUAGAUGUUCUGUUGAAGCGGCUGCCAGACGAGCCAUUGACGGCACCGAACUGGGAACAGACGUUGGAAACGUGGGCAGCGGAAGAGAGUCGCCAGGACGCUUUGGUGCGCCAGGUGAUCGUGCCGUCAGAAGACAUCAAAAAAGAAGGAACAUCUAGUAGUGCUGGUUCUUCUAGUGUCGUUUCAAGUGGUGGAUCCUCUUCAACGGCGGGCUCAGCUGGUGCAGGCGGAGAUGUAUUGCCGUUGAAGAGCGUGCGUUCGUAUUCGAGUGCACUGUGGCAAUUGAUGCAGAUCUUGUGCGUUGUAGUAGAUCGCCACUUUGCGCCAGUUCCCGCGGGGCCGGGCAUGGCACUCCGAGGUGGCUUUCCGGUAGGAAAGCGACUCUUCUACGAUCGACUGCGGGCCUUCAUCGACAACUUUUUCGGUUGUGAUGAUUGCCGGAGGAAAUUCCUGGACCGAUUCGACCGCUGCGCUUUUGGCCGCUGCGACGCUAGCCAAGCAGCCUCUCUCUGGCUCUGGGAGUUGCACAACCGUGUUACCCAGCGGGUGGCACGCGAGCGUCGGGCGGAAGCGGAGGCGCAGGCGAGUGGAAACAGUCCGCAUGAGCACCACAGCGAAGACUUGACGGUAGGAAAUUUGGAUGUAAAACUGCUCUACCCAAGUCCGGAGACGUGUCCGCGGUGCUACAGUGCGGAGUUGUUGAGCGGGGUCGUGGCCAAUCGAGCGAGGUCAGAAGCCGAGAAAUCGCAGUGGGCCUCGUUGGCGAAAGGAGUUUCGCAGCGCCUUGCGGCAACCGGUGACGCAGAGAGGUGGCGGCCGCCCAGCGCGACAUCCACCCACGAUCUGGAUGACGAGAGCCACCUGAAGCCUAGUGGUAGUGCCAUGUUCAAUCAGAUCUUUAACGCAGGCGCCGUUGAGCACUUCUUGCUGCGUGUCUACGACAUGCACGCAGACCACGACGAGGCGACGGCGAAAAAACUCGACGAGGAGCUUGGAAUUGUGCCCUCCACAGCACCGAAGCAAACUUCCGCGUCGAAUGCAGACGACAGCGCAGCGUUAGCGGGAGGCUACGGCGGUGAAGCAGGGGCAUCUUCCUCUACUGGGGAACAAGCUGGUGAAGCUGCAAUCAGUAGUGGGUGGACCUUGGGACUGAUACCGCUGAGCCCAUCAACGAGCAUGCUGUUACUGGUGUGGGCAGCUGCGUGCUUUCUCAUGUACAUGUACUCGCCGAACUGUCGUCGACGUGUGCAGUUCUAUGGCCGGGUUCUAUCCCGUUUCGUUUGGAGGAGUGGAGGUUCCAGGUCCUACGGCAAUAUGAGGAACAACACCAACAACAACUACAAUUUCAACUCCAUGGACGCUGGGGAUGGUUUCCGAGAGCUGACAGAAAUGAGUGGUCGAGGAAUGGGAGGCGUCAAUAAGCCUUUGGGUGCAGUGCACUUUGUAGGCGAUGACAUUCUUUAGAACAACGCGGACGCAUAAUUCCGCUACAUUUUGGUGUUCACUCUUCGUACUUAUUCUCAAAAAGUAGAAAAAGAUGAUCAUGAAACAGAUUAUAGAGCUCGAGGAAGUGCUGGUAGCUACUACAACAUCCUAACCACAAGCAGGACAGUCUUGCCUUUAUGAAAGCGAUGGCUUCCGCAGUGAAGCAUCGCAUUCACAAACCUUGAAGACAUCGAUCACGCUGUGACGCAUGAACCAUCUUUGUUUUGUACAAUUUCGCGCAAACCACAAGAAUAUUUUUUUUGCACAGUGACUGAGCUGUAACCAUAAGAACGAAAUUACUAUC